GAUCUUACUUCUCACGCGCGUUUAUCAGUUAACGUUAAUCGUCGCGAAAGCACGUUUUCAUAGAUUAACGUUCUAAUGAGCGAGGAAAUCUAUUUAUUUACGAUCGCAGAGUUGAGCGCAUACCUGAUCAGCCAUCUUGCUCGUCUGAAAAAGAGCGACGUGAAUCGGAAGUGCGCUGUGCGAGAGCAGAGAGAAAGCGGAAAGUGCGGCGGAAGCUUUUAGUGAGAAGAAGUGUCGAGACGCGUGACGACUGGCGACGAGGCGUCGGCGAUAGUGGCGGCGACAGGGGCGCACGCCACGGCGACGAGUGACGCCAGUGACGGUCACUUUUAACCUUCAAUUUAGUUUUUGUGUAGCUUUGAGUGCAAAUUGAAUUUUUAAAAUAAUUUAAUUCUUCAGACGUCAUAUUUGAUUAAUGCAGUUUUGAUGCGGAUAGAUUAAUAAAUUUGAAUUUUGUUGUAUAUCAUAUCUUGAGAUUCAACAUGAAUGAUGAGGAAGAGUUCCUACUUACAGAAGAUAAAGAUCGUGAACAGAUACGGGAGGAAUUGAAAAAUAUGAGUUUUGAGGAUUUGCAGAAGUUAAAGGAGAGAUUAGGAACCAAGGUGUACAACGAGACCAUAUUUGGAAAGAGAAGUAAGAAAAAGAUGGAGAGAACAGAGUUUAAACGGGAAAACAAGAACAGGCCACGGGAGAUUUCUGCCAAAAAACCAAUUUCCAGAUAUAAAGAGUCGACUCGAGUCAAAAAAGCUGUAUCUUCUAGAGAUCCUAGAUUUGAUAGUCUAUGCGGUACAUUUGAUAAAAAAGCCUUCAGGCAUUCUUAUGCAUUUAUUAAUAAAUUACGGGAAAAUGAUCUUAAAACUUUACAAAAAGAGUUAAAAGAGACUACAGAUCCCAAAACUGUGAAGAAAAUAAAAUAUCUCAUCCAGAGGCUUGAAAAUCAGUUAAGGGAGGAAAAGAAAACAAAGGAGCAAGAAGAAAAGAAAUGGCAAGAAAAGAAGGAGCUGUUAGAAUCUGUUAAACGAGGAGAGAAGCCUACCUUUAAGAAAAAAUCUGAGAAGAAGGUCUUGAAUUUAGUCUCGCAGUAUGAAGAAUUGAAGAAUACAGGCAAAUUAAAGAAGCAUAUUCAGAGACUGCAGAAGAAGAACAAACACAAGGAUAGGGCAAAAUUGAGAGUGGACAAAACAGAGUAAAACAUGUAUAUAUAUAUAUGUACAGUACAUAUACACAUUUACAAAAAAAAUAAAAUAAAAUAUUGUUUAUAAUAUUGCAUGUGAAUUUUUUAAGCGAAUUAUUGAUGAGGUAUUGUUAAAAACAGCUUUGUGAAUAAAUUUUUAUAAUUAUUCCUAUAA